AUGACAGAUCUGUCCUAUGAGAAGAGCAUCAGUGUGAUUGGCCAUAUAGGAGGAAGUGUGAACAUCAGCUGCAAAUACCCACAAUCCCACAAGAAUGACCCCAAGUUUCUCUGUAGGAGAGUGGACAAUGCUGACUGUAAUUAUGAAACAUCUGUUAAUGAGAGCAGAAGAUGGAUAAAUGAGGGAAAACUGUAUCUACAUGAUGAUGGAAAGCAGAUCUUCACUGUGACCAUCAACAGUCUGACUGAGGGAGACUCUGGUGAAUACUGGUGUGGAGCUGAAUCAGACUGGACAUCUGAUCAUGGAUACAAGGUUUAUAUCACACAGAUCAACCUCAGAGGUACUGCAUUUCCGGUUUCCACUGUGGUCACUGGUGUGUCUGUUAUUGUGCUGCUGCUUCUGAUUGGACUCUUAUUCAUAGUGACUCUUCGAAAGAGAUGCAAGACUCAAGGUGCAGAAAUAAUGACACAAUCUUCUAGAGAGGAGGAGCUGCUGCUGGAGUAUUUCCUGAACAUGCUGCGUCUGGAGAAACUUUCGUGGCAGGUGCAGCUCAUCAAACUGGCUGGUCUUUGA